AUGAGGGUGCUGGUGGGAGAGGUGGGGGUUGAUGGGGGAGAGGUUGGUUGGAGAGGCGACAGAGAGGGCGGAGAGGUUGAGAGAAAGGUUGGUGGAGCGGUCCUGCUGCUGGUUGGGGUAGUAGGUGAAGUGGGAGUGGUCAGAAAGAGAGGAGGGUGGCGAGACGGGAGAUGGGAAGGUGGAGGACGGAGAGUGGGGCUGCUGCUGGGGAUGUGUGGGGGUGAGGAGUCCAUCGAGUGGGGCGAGGAGGACGACGAUGGCGACGAUGGCGACGACGACGAUGAGAGAGAGAAAGAAAGACGGAUCGAGGAGAUUUCUUCAGCGAUGGUCGACAGCAAGGUUUGCUCUAAUGUACGCUGCCUUGCUGUAUCCUCGGCACACUCGGCAAAGGCUGUGUGUUAUGGCAUGUGUACUCGAUCUCUGCCACCUCCACCUCCACCACCACCCGUACUCGUCCAUGGCUCUCUUGCUUCAGUCGCAACGUGCCCCCUCAUCUCAUCGCUGCCUGGUGUACGUGACCUCACCGCUCUACGUCCCUGUGUUCGAUCGGGCACGCAGAUCCGUUCUUCAUUCAACAACACCGCUUUAUCCAGCGAUAUCAGAAUACUCACCACUCAUCUCACAGCCGCACACGGUGGCUCACUGGCACCCACGCCCACACACCGCGCUGCCGCCUCUUUCUUUUUCUGUUCCGGUCCCAAUGAUCCUUGGCUCUCCAGGUUCGUGCAUUCUUUCAUUUUCAUCCCUUUCCGUCUUCAUCCCUCUUCGACGUCCUCGAUCCUUGCCUCUUUCGGUACCCUUCUUUUCAACCCCAUCACCUCAUUUUCUUAA